AUGUCUGCAGAUCCUCAGGAUCUAAACCUUAUGCGCCUCGCCCUCGCUGAAGCGGCUCGGUGCGAGCCUACACCUACCGCAUUCUGUGUUGGAUGCGUCCUGGCGUACAGGGACCCAUCCAACAGUGAGCCUGCAGUACUUUCCACUGGCUACUCGAGAGAACUUCCGGGCAAUACCCAUGCGGAGGCCAACGCCUUGACGAAACUUUGCGCCCUGACUCCGGCGGAAGUUGCGGCGCGCCUACCAUCGUUCGACCCCUCCAAGGCGUCAGUCGACGACAUUCUGCGACAAGUAGACGUAUACACGACCUUAGAACCUUGCUCAAUCCGCACAUCCGGCCUCGCGCCCUGCGCGGACGCGCUCAUCGCUGCUGGCGUGCGGCGCUGCUUCAUCGGGGUCGGCGAGCCGGACGACUUCGUACAGUGCGAGGGCGCGCGCAAGCUGAAGGACGCCGGAGUCGAGAUCGUAUGGCUGAAGGGAAUGGAAGAGGAAUGCCUGUCCGCAGCGCGCCGGGGCCAUUGA